AUGGUGCAGAACAACAUGAAAGGGCGUUUUGACCGAUUCGAAUGUGAUAGAGAAGAAGAAUUAUCGUUUUUCAGGGAACUGAAGAAACGUCAGAAUGAAUAUUUCCCAAGCCUCUGUGCUUCUGAAGAGUAUGAAUGUGACACUAACUAUGGUGCUAAUGGUAUCAUUGAAGGAAAGUUUUCACUUUAUAGAAUUCCAUCAGGGAAGAAAGAAUCUAGACUUGAGUUUCUUGAAACAAAAAACAAAAGCGACUUUGAUUGGUUGAAAACACCACCAGCAACUCCUCUGUUUCCAUCUCUAGAAAUGGAACCUAGUGCCAAACUCGUCGUUCAGAAAGAGCUACCUAUUGCUCACCUUAUCUCAAAAGCACAGUUUGCAAAGAGUGAUGUGGAGCCACUAAAACCAAAGGCAAAUCAAACCAACACAGCUAAAUCAUCAAAGCUUCCCAUGAGAUCAAUAACACCAAGUUAUAACAGACAGAGACCAAACUUGAUUAAAAAUACAAAUGAUGCUACCACCAAAAAAGAACAUGAUGCUACUACAAACAACACUAAAUAUCCUAAUCCUCAAAAACAAAUCAACAAUGUUGAAGCAAAUGAACCCCAAACGAAACCUAGAACUAGAGGUGCGUCUCCAUCAUUGAAACUCAAAGGUUCAAAUAUUGUGAUAGAACUCUCGAACGAGACACCGCAAAAUUUGAGGACAGAUAAAAGAUCAACUUCAAAUACAAGAGGAAGAAGCACUACAAGAGGAUCUUUAGUCGGAGCGUCUCAAAAUCAUGAUACUACUCCAAAAACUACAAGAGGAAGAAGCACUACAAGAGGAUCUUUAGUUGGAGGGUUUCAAAAUCAAGAUCCUUCUCCAAAGGCAUGUAGACCGUCAAGGUCACCAUCGCCAAGCAUGUCAAAGUAUGGUUUCAAUCAAUUUGACAGAACGCAAAAGAAUGUUAAGACACAAAAAGAAACAUUUACUCUAGGUGCGGCGACUAAUGAAAACAGAUCACAUUUUAAAGGAAGUAAGAUGGUUGAGAGAGUGGUGAAUGCUAGAAAAUCUGGUAGCAAUCAUGCCGAAAGAGAAGCAACACUAAAGCCUAUCAAGUAUAGGGUAUGA